AUGAAGCUCUGGAGCUUCCUCCGGGCCCUUGUGCCCAUCGCCUUGCUGGCCACCGAGGCGUCUGCGUACGCCAACCCCGGAGCCUGCAGCGGCGCGUGCUGGUCACACGACCCCAGCGUCGUCCGCCGAACCAGCGAUGGCGUCUACUUUCGAUUCGAGACGGGCAGCAAGAUCGGCAUCUGGAAGGCCUCUGCCCUGACCGGCUCGUGGGUGUACCAGGGAGCCGCUAUUCCCGCCGGUAGCAUCAUCAACCUGACUGGGAAGGAUGACUUGUGGGCCCCCGAUGUCCAAAAGGUUGGAGACCAGUACAUCAUGUACUACACCGUCUCCUCGUUCGGCUCGCAGAACUCGGCCAUUGGAUAUGCUACCUCGACCACGAUGGAGUACGGCUCAUGGACCGACCACGGCUCCACCGGCGUCACGUCCGACUCGUCCAAGACGUACAACGCCAUCGACGGCAACCUCAUCAGCGACACGUCCGGCAACUACUACCUCAACUUCGGCUCCUUCUGGGGCGACAUCUACCAGGUCAAGCUGAACUCGGCCGCCACCAAGGCCUCGGGCACCCCCUACCAGAUCGCCUUCAACAGCACCGGCUCGCAGGCGCUCGAGGGCGCCAACAUGUACUACCGCUCCGGCUACUACUACCUGUUCUUCAGCUCCGGCAUCUGCUGCGGCUACAACACGGCCCUGCCCGCCCAGGGCGAGGAGUACAAGAUCUUCGUCUGCCGCUCCGCCAGCGUCAGCGGACCGUUUGUCGACAAGAACGGCAAGAGUUGCACCACGGCCAACGGUGGCACCCUGGUCCUUUCCAGCCACGGCAACGUCUACGGAGCGGGUGGACAGGGCGUGUUUGCCGACCCGACGUACGGCACCGUCCUGUACUACCACUACGCCGACAAGACGAAGGGCCUGGCCGACGCAAACUACCAAUUUGGCUGGAACACAGUUACCUGGAGCAGCGGCUGGCCCAGCGUGUAA